AUGGGGAGCGAAGAGGAGAAGGGGGAAUUCUACCUGAGAUACUACGUGGGGCACAAGGGGAAGUUCGGGCACGAGUUUCUUGAAUUCGAGUUUAGACCCGACGGGAAGCUCCGUUACGCGAACAACUCCAACUACAAAAACGAUACCAUAAUCCGCAAGGAGGUGUACCUGACUCCCGCCGUUUUGCGUGAGUGCCGUCGUAUAAUCGCGGAGAGCGAGAUCAUGAAGGAGGACGACAACAACUGGCCAGAACCCGACCGGGUGGGACGGCAGGAGCUGGAGAUUGUGAUGGGUAACGAGCACAUUUCCUUCACGACUUCCAAGAUCGGAUCUCUCGUCGACGUUCAAUCCAGUGCUGAUCCAGAAGGCCUUCGCAUUUUUUACUACCUUGUUCAGGAUUUGAAGUGCUUUGUCUUCUCUCUCAUUUCACUUCACUUCAAGAUCAAGCCUAUAUAA